CGCUAGCUCCGAUUUUGAGCGGAAAGCCCGCGGUCCGAGCCGUUUAAGGCAGCGUCGGAGCAACCUGGUUUCGAGGCCUCCCCGACUGCCUAUGACCUCUCCUUGAUGAUCCGAACAGUGGUGGCAGCGAUGCUCGCGCUCCGAGCUGGCGCGCUGGUGGCCAGAGCAGCCUCCCGGCGGCCGCGCGCCGUGCUCCGAGCCGCGAAGAAGUCCACGAGCGCCGAACCACUAACAACGAACUUCGAGGCCGCCGCCGCUUCUGUAGUAGCGAAACCGCAACGAUUACCUUUACCGGCCAAAACGCGGAAGACGGUCGCGUUCAAUCAACAGUACCUCUGCGCGGGCUGCGGCUGCUUGCUGCCGCCGGAGCACGAGAUCGACCACAUCGUGCCCGUGGCGCUCAAUGGUUCGGACGCCCUGUCGAACUUGCAAGCGUUGUGCAAGCCAUGCCAUCAGCAGAAAACGCGCGACCAAAGGCACACGAUCCUCGACGCCGUGAAAAAGGAACCACCAGUAGUGGAAGAGAAGGAGGUGAAGCGCGUUCCACCGCUGAAGCUGAACGACCAGCAGCGCGCCGCCGUCGAAGCGUCUACGGAACCGAUACGAGUCGUCGCCGGCCCCGGCACGGGGAAAACUCGAGUGUUAACGCGACGAGUGGCUCACUUGGUGGAGAGCGGCGCGCGCGCGUCGUCGGUGCUCGCCUUGACCUUCACGAACCGAGCUGCCAAUGAGUUAAGAGAGCGAUUGGAAGAGGAAAUAAACCCCCAGGACGCCUCGUCCAUCAGCGUCGGGACCUUUCAUCGAGUCUGUUUGACGAUGCUGCGCGACGACGUGGAAGCGCUCGAGUCUCCUAUUAAGCGCGGCUUCGCGGUCUACGACCAGGCCGCGAUGAUCAAGCUCUGUGUGCGGCGGCGUCCUUGAGCCAUCUUCACGAGGCCGUGGGUGGUUUCGUUUUCGAUUUCGAGCCGUUUCGGACCGCGUCGGGGCCAUCGUCGCGUGAGAGACCGUCGUACAACGCAGGUGGCCGCUGCAUCGCCGAGAAGCCUCCCGUAGGCUUAGGCUGGGACAAGUCGGAAAUAAAACCGGCGCGCGUCCAGUCCGCGAUUUCGUCCCUAAAAAACGCGGGCUUCGACGCAUCAUCAUAUGCGGACCUUACGAAAGAGGGAUACGGCGACCGCAUCGUCUCGAGAGUUUUCGAUCUCUAUGAAAAGACGCUGCAGCAGCGCAACGCGGUGGACUUCGACGACAUGCUGUCGCUGACGGCGCGGCUCCUGGAGCACUCACCUGCUACAAGAGCCAAGUACGCGGGCCGCUGGAAGCAUGUGUUAGUGGACGAGUUCCAGGACACGAACGGCGUGCAGUACGACGUCCUCAAACUCUUAGCGUCGGAUAGUGUUUUCGUCGUCGGCGACAGCGACCAGGUCCGUGGCGCGGCGUUGUGAAUGAACUUGACCGUGACGCCGUCGCGGCGAUGGCGUUGACGCGACACCACAUCGUCACUGAUCAUCAGAGAGUCUACGCGCCUCGCGAGAGAGCCGCGGCCACAUCACGACGGUGUCCGUGCCACGCAGGCCAUUUACGGGUGGCGCGGGGCCGACUACGAGAACCAGCAGCGGUAUGACGAUGAUUUCGGGGCGCGAUUACUUAAACUGGAGAGGAACUACCGCUCCGCGCAGCCGAUCUUGUCCGCGGCGUCGGCGGUCGUCGAAUCUACAACUCGUAGAAGGGACGCUCUGUCGUUGGAAGGGCGCGAAGGCUCGUUGGUGCCGUCGAUCGUCGAGCUGGAGGACCAGGACGACGAGGCGCGGUGGAUUGCCGAUGUGUGUGUGAGAGCCGAGGGCGACGUCGCUGUUUUAUACAGGACGAACGCCCAGUCGCGAGCCGUCGAGCGGGAGCUGCUCAAGGCCGGCGUGUCGUACCAGUUGUUGCACGCCAAAGGCUUUUUUGAGAGGAAGGAGAUCCGCGACGUCCUCGCGUAUUUACGACUACUCGCGUAUCCGAAGGAUGAUGAUGCCUUUGAGCGGGUUGCGAACGUGCCGCCGCGGGCCGUCGGGCCUCGCUCUCUCGAGCGAUUACGGGUCCAAGCUCUCGAGGGUGGAGAGGGCAUGCUGCACGCCGCGGCCAACGCGAAGAGUCCGGUGCCCGCGCGCGCGGCUUCCAACCUCAAGGUGUUUACCGAUGCUUUGGAUGAGUUGCGAGAGCUACAACAGGCGACUUCAACACCAAUCCCCGCCGAGGAGGGCCACGCCGGGCCCCUCGUGGGGUCGAUGGCCUGGUUUUUACUGGAAGUGCUGGUGCGUGCGCGGCGUCCCUUGGCCCUUCGACGUGUGUGGCGCCUCGCGGCGAUGGCGUUUUGUGCGCCUCGACGCCGCCACAGAGAUACGCUGUCGACGCGACGCCGUCGACGCGACGCCAUCGACGCGACGCCAUCGCCGCGCCGCCGUCGACGCUUAAUACAACGCAGGCCCGCACGGGCUACGAGCACUACCUGAGACAUGAAUCUGUGGAUGGCGCCGACCGCUGGCGGAACGUGAGGGAGUUGGCCAACCUCGCCGCGCCCUACGCCGCGGGCGAGCUCGUCGAGUUCCUGGACACGCUCGCGCUCGUCCAGGACCAGGACAUGGCCGCCGACGACACUGAGGAGAAGACACCCCCUAAAGUUCGCCUCAUGACGGUCCACGCGUCGAAGGGCCUCGAGUUCCAGACCGUGAUCAUUGCGGGCUGCGAAGAGGGGUUGUUGCCGCACUACUACGCCACUGCUGAUAAGGAUGGCGAGGAAUUGGCCCAAGCUGUGGAUGAAGAGCGGCGCUUAUUGUACGUGGCCAUGACGCGGGCCAAGGAGUCGCUGGCCCUGACGCGGGCUAGGACUCGCUUGACGUGGGGCGUCUCAAGGCAAAUGGAGGCGUCGCGGUUCUUGGAUGAAAUUCCCGCCGAUUUACGGCGCGACGUCCGCGUCGCUGCGCCUCCUUCUUCAUCGCGGCGGAGGCGGUGGUCGUCUUCUCGCAGGAGGAGUGAUGGGAUGCUUGCGGGGUUCUAAGUCUACUUGUAUUUUAUAUUUCGGUCCCGCGUGCGUAAAACGGGUUCCUGUGAAUUUGCCGACUUGGCACGACGUGCG